AUGUGUGAACAUGCAGGUGCCUCUGUGAGAUUUGACGAGGCACGAGAAGAGGGAAAAGAGGAAGAAGAAGAAGAAGAAGAAGAAGAAGAAGAAGAAGAAGAAGAAGAAGAAGAAGAGGAGGAGGAGGAGGAGGAGGAGGAGGAGGAGGAGGAGGUGAAAGGUGAAAACGAGGCAUUAGCAAGCGCGUUAGCCGAUGAGAAAUAUAAGGGAUAUAAUGAUGACGAUGAUGACGAUGACGACGACGACGACGACGAUGACGAUGAUGAUGAUGAUGAUGACGAUGAUGAUGGCAAUGGCGGUGAUGACGACGAUGAGGCCGCAGAUUUUUGCGCAGCGGCGGCGGCAGCGAUGGCAGCCUCCUCCUUCCUCCUUCCUACCUCCUCCUCCUCCUCGAGGCUCUCAGCUGAGCUUUAG